GGUUAAAAAAAAUAUUUUCUUCUCCCGAUUUUCCCUACUCGCCGGAUGCCUAUUUAACCUUCGCCUUAAUCGUCUAUUUCACUCUGUACUCUGUCAGCAUAACUCACUUGAACCUUCAUUUGAACCGGGGAACAGACUCAUCCGUUUCACUUCCCUAUUCUCUGUCUAGCCUGGUGAAAUUAAUCGGAGAGAUGGCUGGACGAGGAAAGACUCCACUAGCUUAUCAGGGAAGAUAUAUCCAAGCUCCAGGGAUUCUGCAGCAUGGUCCUCCUGCUGGUCACCGGCCAUUGGAGGCACUCCCCCAUCCUGAGCUAUUGGAAAACAAGAUUACUGCACAGGCAGCAGAAAUUGAACAACUUGCUGGGGACAAUCAUAGACUGGCAGCUACUCAUGUUGUAUUGAGGCAGGAGCUUGCUGCUGCACAGCAAGAAAUACAAAGGCUCAGAGCUCACGUGGGAAGUAUCCAGACAGAGGGUGAUAUUCAGAUUAGGGUUCUAAUUGAUAAAAUUAAUAAAGUGGAAGCAGAUAUUAUGGCUGGUGAGAAUAUAAAAAAUGACCUCAGACAGGCACAUAUUGAAGCGCGAGACUUGGUUAAAGCUAGACAAGAGCUUACUUCCCAAAUUCAACAGGCUUCUCAGGAAUUAGAGAAGGCCAAGGCUGAUAUUCAGAAUCUCCCGGUGUUGCUUGCUGAACUUGAGAACCUGAGGAAAGAGUACCAGAGACUGCGUGCAAUAUUUGAGUAUGAAAAAGGGGCAAACAUAGAGCAAGUGGAGCAAAUGAAAGCCAUGGAAAGGAAUCUAUUUGGGAUGGUGAGAGAAGUGGAAAGGCUGCGAACUGAUGUCUUGAAUGCUGAUAACAGAGCACGCGCACCAAAUACAUAUGGGGUUGGCUACGAAUCUAAUCCUCCCUAUCCGUCCCCAUUCUACCCACCAGUUGAACGGAAAGGUGGUGCCUAUGUUGAUGGAAGAUCUCUCAUGCCCACCGGUAUCAGGCCAACAGGUGAGGGGAUGACCCAACAUGUCAGCAGCAAUAUUGGAGCUGCUGCUUCCAUGGUCGAUGGUGCAAGGAUUCCUGGUGGUAGUGGUAGUGCUGCAGUUCGGGGGCUUACUGGGAACACUGUACGGGGAGAACCACAUGAUCCAUCACUUGCUUGGAGACGAGAGUAGAAAAGCUAAGAAGUAUAAUAUAACUGUAUGUACCUGUUUUGAUCAGUAAGCUCUCAAGAUUUAAACCCAGCUUAGUUGUUAUUGGUUAUGGGGGGUUAUGACCCAUGUUACAGCAAAUAUUUAUACCAGUCAGCAGGCAAAGAGCUGAGAAGAUUAUUUUUUAGAUUCUGUAUUUAUCUUUGUAGGUUUAGCAACAUUGUCAGAUUUAAAUAAAUGGUUCUUCUUCUUGCGAUA